AUGGGUGACCUGGGAGUAAGUGACCUGUCGACGCGAGCAGCCAUCCUGCGCCAGACGGCGCUGGCCAGGGACGAAGACGAGCUGAAGCCUCGCGCGCCGUCCGCGCCGCCGGCCGAGACGCCGCCGUCGGCCCCGGCCUGCGACGGGGCGUCCGCCGUUGCGGCCGGGGAGGCCCCGUCCACCGACGCAGAGGGUGCGGCGGCCGCUACCGACCGGACGUGUCAGUACCGCACCGCCCACACGGAGCUCGAGUGUGUGGUCUGCAUGGACCACAAGACCGAGGUGAUAUUCCUCAACUGCGGUCAUCUGUGCGUGUGUCGCCAGUGCAGCGAACCGCUGCACCCAGUGCCCGAUGUGCCGCGGCUGGUGAACGCCGUUCAGGCGCUUUACGCCCUCCUCGUCGGUGACGAUCAACGCGCCUAA